AUGCUAACAUUGGUUGGGACGCCUGAACAUGGAUAUGCGAGCACUGGUGUUGGAUUAGGUGAACUAGCUAAAUUACAGUUGCUGGCCAUGAACGUCUCGGACGUAGAAAAGCUGGAAUUCUUCGCUAUGGCUGGAAAGGAAGCGCUCCAAGAAAUACAAGAAGCGCAGGCUGAAAGAGCAAAGCAGAAAACCAUGGAAGAACUUAAAAACAUCAUGAAUCGAAUCAACUUUACUCUCGAGGACUUGAAGACUAGCGAGAAGAGAUUAGCAAGAAAAGCAGAAAGAAAAGCAAGAGAAAAAGAAGAAAUGGAUGAGAGUUCGGACGAAGAUUUGACGAAAGAAAAGGGAAGGCUUUCGAAAACGAAACAAAGGGGAGGUAAGAUCACUCCUGCUGGAACAAAGCGAGGGAAAGAAAUAGAAACAAGAGAAGAAGUGAAAGUAAUGGAAGAUGAAAUUGCUAAAGGUGRCCAAGAAGGAAGAACAACGAAGAUGGCAAUGAUUUCUGAAGAACGAGGAAUUGAGCAUGAAUUUACAGCAGGCGAGCAACCUGGACAAAGAGAUACARUUGCUGCUGGAAGAAGAGGAUUGGAAAGCGAAAUCRCAGAAAUGCAAGACACUGUUGAUGAAGACGCUGAAGAAUUGAAAAGACAGAUCGCUGAAGGUGUGAAGAAAAUACAAAGAAUGGCAGGAGCUGAAGCAAGAGAAAUAGAGAAACAAAUCGCUAAGAUUGAUCAAGAUUUGGAACAAUUAUCUGAUAUUAGCAGCAUGUCUUCGGAAGAUGAAAUCUCUUUGAGUUCUGAGGAUCUAGAAGCUUUCGACAGUUGGAGUUCUCUCAGUGAUUAUUCUUUUGAUAGUUCAGAAGAAUAUUCAGAUCAGGGGGAUGUUGACUACGACCAGCUCAAGAAAGAUUUGACAGCACCGUUAACUCCACCCUCGCUGGCUGAGAAGGCCGAGCAGCGCCGAGAGACAACGGACACCAUCACAAGCUUCAUAGAACGCUGCCUAGAACGAGAAGAACAGCUCGAACAGCUCCAGUCCUGGAUGGAAGCAAUAACAGCCGAGGAACUCCCUGAAUCCUUCCAAGAUCAAGAAUCAUCUAUAUGUGCUUAUAGCCCUGACCUACUCGAGGAAGCUAAAGCCUUGCAAGUCCAAAGCGUUCUUGAGGAGUUUAAGAACUCCAUGAAGAAGCUAAAAGAUAUUGCUGACUCGCUGGGAAUCGGCGAAAAGGAGGAGGAAGAGGCAGUUGUCGAGGAGACUCCCGAGAAGAAACAAUACACGCAACGACUUCCGAUACCUACUAAAACCAAGGUCCAAAAAGUCUUCAAUGAGGAAGAACUAGCAAUACCAGACAAUUUCAGCAAGGCUGCCACAAACCUGUCCAAAACUCUAGAUGAAGCCAUGAAGUCUUGUCCUUCACGACGAGUUCGCCUGGGUAUUGCAGAGGGAUUAAAACAGUUUCAAUUCAUAGUCAAAACAAUGACAGAGAAGAAGAUUGAAGAGCUUAGCAAAGUAGUCGAAGAAUAUAAACGUAGAGACAGUCUUGGACUCUUUGAUGAUUCAGAAGAAGAAUCAGACCUUAGCAGCAGUACGUCUUCACCCUCGUUCGGUGACCUGUCGACAAAACGAAAAGCACGGAAAAAGAAAAGAACAAAGGCUGAAAAAGCAGCACAAAAACGAAAACAAAAAGAAAUGAAGGCUGGUAAAAAAAAGUCUGAAAAAUACGAGAAACGAGGGGCUCAGAAGUCUGAUGAAGAAGAAAAAGUAGACUCUCAAGCGGAUGUACGAAAAGAAGAAACAAAGUCACAACAGAUUGUGAUAAGACCAGUCGAUAUUGAAAACUCAGAGAUCUACCAAAACCUGAACGCAAARUUURAACAAGUCUGYAAUGAGCUYCAUGUYGAGCGGGAAAAACUGGCUCAAACAGAGAAAGAGUUUGAAAAACUAAAGAAAGAAAAGAUCAAAUACAUUCAAGAAAAGGUCGACCGAAAGAUUGAGAUGGAGCAACUGAUUCGAAAGCAAGAAGUCGAAACAGAAGAACUACGAGAUAAAAUUGCAAACUUUGAAAUGGAGACGAAGAAGCUGAAGAGURAAGUUGAGAGCAAUGAAGAAAUGAUUCAGUACCAGGAGGAGCGUAUCACUCAAUAUACUGAAGAAAUCCAACAUUUAGAAGAUCGGGUGAUGGGCUCCUUACCAGAAACCCCGGCCAUAAGUUCCACUAGCUUCGCGCAGACAGGAGCUAGUCGUCGUGGAAGAAGAACACUCGAGCCCCCGACCGCCCGCCAAAUGGUGACUAAAAUAAAACAACAAUAUGAAUCAGAGAUACAGGGUCUGAAGGACUUCUUGGCCAAGGAAAAUCAUCGGUAUCAAGCAGACUCAAGACGCAAAGAACAAGAACACAAGAGAGAUAUACAGAAUAUUCAUAAAGAGUCGUUGCAGGUGUUGAGAUGCAUCAAUCGAUUCAAGGAAGGAGCAGCCAAUCUGUUAGACCGCGAAAGUACCGCUUACAUAUCCAAGAAUCAUGGUCCUGUCUAUUAUCCUGAUAUUAUGGAAAUCGUAUAUCUUGUCUAUGGCCAAAAUCCUGAAAAACCAUACACCAUCAAGGGGAACAUCCCCUCCCCCCACGGACCAGAACAUAAUGCGUUUUGA